AUGAUUGUAGGCGACGCAGUAGAGAAUACAGAAGUGAAAAUUCUCACGCUAACUAUUCUGAGGGCUUUGUCAGUGACUUGCUCUGAAACAGCUAGAAGCAGCAAAUGUUUAGAAAUACCAGGAACUGAAGAGAAGAAAACACAGAAAAAGUUAAAAAAGAAAAAGAAGAAAAAAGGACAGCUUUACUUUGAUCUGAAUGCAGGAGGAAAAAAAUUGCCAGCUGAGAAGAUACCACAUCAGAAUUCUUCAUUCUUAAGCCUGCAGAGUAGUAUGAUUUCCCAGAAAAAAAAUGCAGUGGCUCAGCGAAUAUCAUCAGCAAGACUUCACAAAAUUAAAGAGCUGAAGAAUGAAAUAUUUGAUUUACAACACAAAUUAGAAGCAUCAAGCUUAGAAAACCACGUUUUGAAACAGCUUCAGUAUCGACACUCAAAAGCAAUAGGUAGAUACGAAAAUUCAGAAAGUAACUUGCCGGAUCUUUUAGCAAGUCAUUAUAAUGAGGUGAGAACUUUAAGGAAACUCCUGAGGAUGUCUCAGGAGGACGAGAGAAAUACAUCCAGGAAGCUCAGAAAAGUUGAAGCAGAGCUGCUAAAAACUAAAGAUGCUUUGCAGGCCCUGCAUGUGCUUUCAGAAGACAAAGCUCUUGCCGAGAGAGAGGAACUUGAUCACAGAUUAUCCGUCCUUACAGAAAAAAUGGAAGUGAAUAAUAAGAGAAUACAGAGCCUCGAAAAGCAGCUGAGGUUGAACAAUAGCACCUUUAGUCGUCAGUUGGCAAAUGAGAACAAAAAAGCUGUGGAAGCUGGAAUAAUUACAAAGAACUUGCAAAUGGAAAUUAACUCUCUCCACCAAAAAAUUAAGGAAAAGGAUCGGCAGCUUUAUGUGAAAAAUAUCUAUGCAAAUUGGAUGCCUAGAAUCCCAAAAGACAAGGGUGAUUCAGUACCUCAUGAAAAAAGUAAGU